AUGAGCUUGGAUAUUGCCUCUUCGCUGCUCAUGCAGCCGACAAAAAUUGAUAUGCUUCAACUUAAAACCGCAGAGAUACUGGUCUCAUUGUCGGAGGGAUUCUCCCUUGGUUUGGCUGCCCAAAACCGUGUCUCUGCUCCGACCAUAUCUUUCCCAGAACUCAAUCCUUUCUCUCUUCCCCAAAACACAAGUAAUCAAAACCCGACUGGACCAGAUACCGAGGGGGAAUUACACCGGCGGCUCAAAUUCAAGCUGCAUCGCACUAAACCCCACCAGACUGCCGCAACAAACCUUAAGCACAAGACUGCAGGGACUGAACCUGUGUCUCGCCUUGCCGAGUUAUUACGUGAACAGAAUACUGAGGGCAGAAUUCCAGUGAGGCGAGCUUCAGCCGAUCUGAUUGAUUCGUCAGCAAUCUUGAUGCUUAUGGCCCAACACCAACAGACGUCACUUCAGUCUCAAGAUCAUGUCGCUUUUGGUGUUGUUUCUCCUAUGCCUUGUUCUGAAGACGGCGGUUCCCCCAGUUCGACCCCGUCGUCAACUUAUCAAAAUGGGCUAGAGACAGACGACCACUUCACCCCUUCAUUGGCGAAGCCUUCGAGUUGCCCGUUUGAUCUCCACGCCCUCUCAUUAAAUCCAACUCCCCAGAUCCACCCCGCUUUCGUUGAAAGACGGGCCUCCGACCCCUGUCCUUUCUCCUAUGCAGCGCUUCAGAAGCAGACUGCCUCUCAAGUAACCGCCAACGCCUCCUCCAGUCGCGUAAAAACCCACCACUGCACCUUUCAAGGUUGUGACAAGGCCUACUUCAAGAGUUCCCACCUCAAGGCUCAUGUGCGCACGCACACAGGUGAAAAACCCUAUGCCUGUGACUGGGAGGGCUGCGGGCGCCAAUUCGCGCGAUCGGACGAGCUCUCACGCCACAAACGAGCUCACACCGGCGAACGAAAAUUCACCUGCAACUUUUGUCCCCGCCGAUUCAGUCGAAGUGACCACCUCAAUAAGCACAUGAAACGACACCAACUGGAGACAACAAACGGGGUCUCAUCGAUGGUCGGUGGAAGGGGCCUCAACUGA